UUACUGGCCCCAUCCUUCAAAAAUGCUGAUCUACAAGGAUAUUUUCACCGAUGAUGAGCUCUCGUCCGACUCCUUCCCAAUGAAGUUGGUUGAUGAUCUUGUUUACGAAUUCAAGGGAAAGCACGUUGUCCGCAAGGAAGGAGAGAUCGUUUUGGCUGGAUCCAACCCAUCUGCUGAGGAAGGAGCCGAGGAUGAUGGAUCUGACGAGCACGUCGAGCGUGGUAUCGAUAUUGUCCUUAACCACAAGCUCGUUGAGAUGAACUGCUACGAGGAUGCCAGUAUGUUCAAGGCAUACAUCAAGAAAUUCAUGAAGAACGUCAUCGACCACAUGGAGAAGAACAACCGUGAUAAGGCUGAUGUCGAUGCCUUCAAGAAGAAGAUUCAAGGAUGGGUUGUCAGCCUUCUCGCCAAGGAUCGCUUCAAGAACCUCGCCUUCUUCAUUGGAGAGAGAGCCGCUGAGGGAGCUGAGAACGGUCAAGUCGCCAUCAUCGAGUACAGAGAUGUUGAUGGAACCGAAGUUCCAACCCUUAUGCUUGUCAAGGAAGCCAUCAUCGAGGAGAAGUGCUAAACUUCACUGUUAAAUCAUUUAAUGUUUUCAAUGAACUAUAUAUACUCCC